GGUAUGGAGAAGGGUCACAUAGUCUUCAGAUAUGUUAGUAGGUGGUCUAUUACAUGUAUUGAGGUAAUUAUAUUUAUGUAGGAGAUAUGACAUUCAUUUGUAACAGAUAUAUAGAUAGAUAGAUAGAUAGAUAGAUAGAUAGAUAGAUAGAUAGAUAGAUAGAUAGAUAGAUAGAUAGAUAGAUAGAUAGAUAGAUAGAUAGAUAGAUAGAUAGAUAGAUAGAUAGAUGGAUAGAUGGAUAGAUGGAUAGAUAGAUAGAUAGAUAGAUAGAUAGAUAGAUAGAUAGAUAGAUAGAUAGAUAGACAGACGGAUAGAUAUAUAGACAGACUGACAGACAGACAGACAGACAGACGGACGGACGGACGGACGGACGGACGGGCGGACGGACGGACGGACGGGCGGACAGAUGGACAGAUAUAUCAAUGGAUAGAUCUAUAGAUAAUGUAGAAGUGUUCCAUAAUGCAAAACCACCCUGCAAUGUGCCAGAGGCUUUGAGUACUCCUCACAUAUUAACCAGCCGACAUGUUGCGAAUGCCUCAGAUGAAACACUGGAUGCCCCGUUUUCUAUUUCCAGAUUAGUGCUGAGCAGGAAAUCCUCUCUCGAGUGCCCUUAGCUUGAAGCGUGGUCCCCACACCAGUUUGGAGUGUUGGUGGAGAGACAUUGCGAAUGUUAUAAGACAUGGCAACAAUGGAUGCAGAAGACUGCAUAAGGACAGAUGUGGACACAGUGACCGUGUUACCGUGUGAAGAUGAUGUUAGGCAGGACCUCGAGUGUUCUGAAGUGGAGGACCUGAAGAAUAGCCUCCGUCAGGCGGUCCACGACCAGGCGGUCCGACCCAAGAUGCAGUGCCUGAUGAUGGACCCGUCCUUCUCCAUGGUCACCAUGCAGAGUGAGGACAGCGGCAUUGAGUGGGAAACCAGUGCCAGCCGCUGCCCCACACCGUGGGCCUCCGAGGCUGGAAGCAUCGCCCUUGAAUCGUACGCGGUGCCCUCCUUCCGUCCCGCCACGCCCGGAGCCCUUCCGGCAGGGAGGAUCAUCAUCGUGAUGGAUGAGGAGAACAUCCACAGGAGGAAGAGAUCCAAAGACAGAGCCCCGAGCGCCGCGAGUAUCAGACGGCAGCAGCAAGAGGCUUUAGAAGAGCAGGAUGAGGUCGUUGGGAGGCCAGAAUUAGUGGGGUUCUCGCUUCCAAAUGUCAAGGCCGACCAAGAACAAGAAAAGGAAGUGGAAAAUACUGCAGGAGAUCAUGAGCAACAAGUGUUCUGCUUGGUGGCCGAAGGCUCUGAGAUCCUUAACAUCGUUGUUCCUUCUAUGUUAGCAUCGGUGGACGAGGAAGAGAGCACGGCCAUGGAAGACAACCUGUCUUAUCUGGAGGAGAGCCUGGUGAUCAAGUCUACCGGAACAACCAACGAUUACACAUCUGGGUUGAACGAUGAUGAGCCCAUCUUAACCAAGGCAGUGGUCCGAUUAAAUGCAAAUGAAACUGGUUCCAAUGUGAUGGAUCCACCGGGGGCCCCGGUGAUGAAGCCUCCGGCCAGAGAAGCCACUUCAAACAUGGAUUACUUUGAGAAGUUCACCUUGAUUGAUGCUCAGGCCCCAGGCAGUCCUGCCGUGAUCAAAGGUGGACCAGAGGACCAGCAGGCAGAAGAACAAGAGGAAGCGAAGGAGAGCCAGGACACCAAGGAGCCCAAUCUCAGUCAGAGUAGUCGGGCAGUUAGCGUGGACGAGGGGGAGGUGGAUGAGGACGAAGAGGACAUGGCACUUCUCGAUGACGUUUUCUAUGGUGGCACCGAUGACGUUAUGGUCCAAGGGGUUUCCGAUGUCGAGGAAUGCAGAUCCCCUCGACCCCCUUUGAAGCAGAGCGGUUCUGCCUUGUUUGGAAGUCAGGAGGAAAUUCUCACUCCCAUCUUUCUCCCUGAGGGACCCGCUAAGAUCAUUGACCAGAUUCUGUUUGAAGAGCCCAAAGCCAUGGCGUUCCUCUACACAGACCUGUAUGAAGAGGCGACGGGCAGCCGGGUGAAGGAGGAGGAGGACACACAGAGCCUGGCGUCCGAGAAGUCUUUCCACAGCCGACACUCCGACAGGGAGGCCAGGGGAUACCUGGAGAAAUACGUCCUCAAAGACGAGACCCCCGUGAUGGAGACAGCCAAGAAGGAAAACAUUCAGGAGGAACUGGAGGGGAUUCGAGUAUUGUCCCAGGAUUCGUAUGAUUUGGGCGAAUUGCCCACAAAUCCUGAUAUCAAUGACGAGGACGAAAUCACCGACUUUUUUAGAUCUAGUGGAAAUUCCUCCCCGUGUGACAUGAAUCCAUUCAUGGCGCCAGCCCAGGAGGAGGAUGAGGCUCAAGCAAAGAUCAGGGCAAGGCUAGAGGUCAUAAAGUCAACCCAACAGAUGUUUCCAUCUGGUAAGCCCAGAGAAAAAGACUGCAAUGAAAACAGAACAGAGCAAACACAGCCUUCUGAAAGCUAUGAGUUUGUGUCAGAGGAUACAGAUCGGAGUAGUAAGCCUGAGGAUGACUUAGACUCAAGUCUUCCUGAUGAACCUGGGAUAGAGUUCUCUGAUGAAAUGCCGAAGCCAGUAGUCCCUCCAAGAAGAAAGGAAGUCACAGCUCCCAAGACUUCCCUUGACCUGACGCCCCUGAGGGCCGUCGAAGGCCCGGACGAAGAAGAUGAGCCGGGUGUGAAGGAACAGAAGCUGGAAGACAAGGAAACGGCCUCCCCUGUGGAGACGGCCGACGAGGGAGACGGAGAGAGAGAGGAGAGCAGCAGGCAGCAGUGUGCACUGACUGCAGACACAGGGAAUAAACCCGGGAGUGUGAAAGACGAAGGCGACAGCAGUGACUCGUUCGGAGGAAGCGAAGCAGACAAACAAACAGAUAUCUCUUCAACUGAAACAGCAAAGAUAGAUUUGAGAUUAGACCAAGAAAGAAUCCAUGUGACUGAAUCUACUGGAGAAGAAGACCGAAUGUAUCCCCCUACAUUAGUGCCUGAGCCUGCAAAGGAAAAAGGACAGUGUGUUAUACUGUGGCAGCACCGCGUUCAUUGCAACUCACGUGCUACCCACUCUGACGGCGUAGAGGUAGGCGUUUCACGUCCUAGGCGCAUGCGUGAGAUUCAGGCGUUUGCAAUGGAGGACUGUAUUCCUUCUGAGGACCGUCGGUCUCCUGCCUUCUGUGAUGAUGAAAACCAUUCCGACUUCUGUGAGGAAAGUUCGCCAGAGGACGCAGAAAUGGACGUAUUCGGUGGUCUUGCUGCCCUCCCUGUAGAGGUGUGUGAGAGACGCCCCACGUGUCUACGAUGCGGCCGCCCUCAGAAGGUCUGCCUCUGCCCCUUUCUGCCUGUGCAUCCUCUGGAGGUGUCUACAUGCUUGUAUAUAGUACAGCAUCCAGCAGAGGAGAGCAGAGUCCUGCGCACAGUGCCCCUCCUCGCUGCUUGCCUGCCUUCAGGGAAAUGCAACGUCAUAGUUGGCAGGAGAUUCAGUGAAGAGAGGUACCCUGACCUGGCAGCAGUGUGCCGAGACCCCAGGACCCUGAUCAUGUACCCGGGCCCUGGAGCCCAGAACCUGGAGGAACUGCUGCCGUCUGACCCAGAGGCAAGGAGCCUAGGCUACAAUGUGAUCUUAAUAGACGGCACCUGGAGCCAGGCCAAGGAUCUCUUCCUGAGGAACGACCUGCUCCACCUGCCCAAACAGGUCCAGCUCAGCAGCACUCUGUCCAGUCAGUAUGUGAUCCGCACUCAGCCCACCAACAUCUGUCUUUCCACCCUGGAGUGUGCCGCCCUCACGCUGUCCACGCUGGAACGGAAGGAGAGCAUCCGAGAGGUGCUGUUAAGGCCCCUGAACGCUCUCUGCACCUUCCAGCUCCAGCAUGGCGCUCAGGUCCACCACAGCAAGGAGCAUCUGCUGAGGAAUGGGCUGUACGACAGGCCCAUGCCCAAGAACAAACGCAAGAUCAAGAGGAUGGAGAAACUGGUGACUGACCAAAACAUUUGACCAGUGGCUCCAGGCAGCGGUCUGGUUUUAUCAGGGACUUUGGGGAGAAACUGAGUUUGGAUUUGGCUAUCAGACGCCAAACCAGUGGACACGCAAUAUAAAUAAAAAACUGGUGACAUUGGAGCUAUCUACAAAUUAUACAACAUAGCAUUCAUCAGGUUUGUGUUACAUCGUUUGGACAGAAAGGCCUCUGAUUGGAAGGUGCUGGACAAUUUUAUUGCAAUGUGUUUCUACAUUUGAAGUGCUCAGUUUUCAAGUCAACACGGUUUGUUCCCUAUACUGUCUGAUUGGGAUAACUGCACUGUGUAAGAAAAUGAAGACAUUUAUGGGUUUUAUAUAUUCUUUAAAACAUUUUGAUGAACAUUGCAUCAAAACAUACCUAAGUAUAAUCGUAAAUACUUUGGUUCUGAUGUUGCUCUUUGCUCUUCCUGGUAUAUUAUUACGACAAACCGUUUGAUAUAUAUAAAGUUAUUUCCAUAUGGCAACAAGACAGCUCUGUACAGUUGAAGUGUGUGUCCGUAUUCCUCGCCACUUUAAUGUGUGUAUUUUAACCUCAACCCAGGUCCCUUUUUAAUAACAGUAAAACAAAAUUUGAAUGGACAAAAAGCAUUCUUAAACCUUUGGGUUUUGUGCUCUCUUCAAAACCCUUAUUGGACUUGUUUCUGGAUGUUAUGUAAUGGCAAUAACUAUUUUACACUAGUAAACAAUAACGCGGCUGGUGUUUACUGGCUUUCAGUAUAGACUGGCGGCUAUAGAAGCGGCCUGGAAUUAGUUUACAGCUGAGUCACAUUAAUUUAUUUAUCCACACAACCCUUUUAUGCUUACCUCCAAGUUUUGGAAAAACAUUUCGUCCAUAGUAAGUCAAUCACACCCUCGUUCAUUUCUAACUGCAGUGAUGCACCUGUCACAUAGAGAAUAAAGCAAAACCACUCACUUAUAUUGUAUUGUGGUCAAAUAGGUCGUGACACGAUACUUGAGGGAUCGUUUGUUAUUUAGCUUGUGGGGAAGAGUCAGGAUACGUCAACAUUGAAUACAGAAAGUCCUAUAAUGGUAUACAAUGUAAUAUCCAUAGAUCAUAUUAUGUUGACUAUACUUGGAUGUCAAUGGGUAUAUAUUGGUGUCUCUAGUUGACGCAUCGCUGCAAUAAAACAUUAACAUUUGGGGAGACACACUGCCCAGCAGGAGAACCAAUAGGUCAGUUGGAGGAAUCCGCUACCCCCAAACCAGCACACGACAACAGACUAUUCAAAUUAAUAUUUUUCUCCUGUAAUUUGCACAGUAUUUCUGCACUAGAAUCAACCGUGGCUGGCCCCACUGCCGCUGGAACACUUUACAUUUACACUUUACAACACCGCAUUACUUAUUAAUUAUUAGCAUUUUAUUCGUUUCUCUUGUUAUAACUGACUUUACUUUAGUCUUACUAUUUAUUAUUGGGAUCUAUACUGCAACUUAUUUUUACUUGUUACAUAUUUUUAUUUGUACUUAUCUUGUAUUGUUGCUGCUAUGUGGCUGUUGAUGAAGAUGAUGGUAGAUACUUUAUAAAUCCCCAAGGGAAAAUUCAAGGAACCAAGCCUAAGAA